AACUUCACGCGGAUCUUUAAACGUCAAAUUUGUCAAAUACGCGUGGUUAACCUAAAGUUAAAUUAUUUUUUAAAGUUAGUGUGUUAAAAAGUGUAAUAAAAAUGUUACGGAGACAAGCUCGUUUGCGUCGAGAAUACCUUUAUAGAAAAACCAUCGAGGACAAACAAAAAAGUAUACAAGAUAAAAAGAAUCGAAUUAAAAAGAGUUUGGAAAAUAACACAACCAUACAUGGUGACCUUCAAAAGAAAGCUCUCCAUUAUCAGAAAAAGCUCGAAUGGGAAGACGAGGGCCCUGAAGCGGCCGUAAAAAUCGGCGGUGAAAGUGGCGGUACUUUCGCUAAUUCUCAAGACGAUGAAUACCGUUACGCUGGCGUUGAAGAUCCAAAAAUUGUUAUUACAACAUCGAGGGAUCCCAGUUCACGAUUAAAGCAAUUUGUGAAAGAGGUUAGGUUAAUUUUUCCAAACGCUCAACGUAUGAACAGGGGGAAUUACGAGAUGAAACAGUUAAUCAGUGCUUGUCGCGCGAAUGAUGUUACUGAUUUUAUCGUCGUUCAUGAACAUCGUGGAGUUCCCGAUGGUUUAGUUAUUUGCCAUUUACCUUAUGGACCUACAGCGUAUUUCAAUUUAUCGGAUGUUGUAAUGAGGCAUGAUAUCCCAGAUAUAGGGACCAUGUCCGAACAAUAUCCACAUUUAAUUUUCCAUAACUUUAAGAGUACUUUGGGUGAUAGGGUUACAACUAUUUUGAAAUAUUUGUUCCCUGUGCCUAAGGAAGAUUCAAAAAGGGUUAUAACAUUCGCUAAUCAUGAUGAUUACAUUAGUUUUCGACAUCAUACUUAUAAAAAGAGGGAUAAUCAGAUUGAAUUGGAUGAAGUUGGGCCUAGAUUUCAGUUAAAACUUUAUCAAAUCAAAUUGGGCACUUUGGAUGCUAUUGAUUCAGCUGAUACGGAAUGGGUUUUGAGGCCUUUUAUGAAUACGACGGUGAAAAGGCGAUUUUUAAGCGAUGCUGAUGGAUGGGAUCAAGAAUAAAAAUUGAUUUUUUUUAUAUGACUGUUAUUUUUAAUAAUAAAAAAAUAAAUAAA